AUGGCUCUUUUCCGUUAUUCUUUACCACUAUCUCGAUUAACUCUUCCAUCAAUAUUGUCUAGUCGAGGAGCUACGACAUCAUCAGCUACUGUUCCAUCAAAAGAUAUUGAACAUACGACAUAUACACCUAUUGAAAAGGAACAAGAACAAAAUGUUGUAACAAAUUUAUCACCAUAUAAAACUGCACCCGGUAAAUAUUAUGGUGAUAGUAAAGUUGAAGUAGCAUUAGCUCGUUUGGAUGAUGUACAAAAUUUAAUUCGACGUGGUUCGAUUUGGCCAUUAACAUUUGGUCUUGCUUGUUGUGCUGUUGAAAUGAUGCAAAUGGCUGCUCCUCGUUAUGAUAUGGAUCGUUUUGGUGUUGUCUUUCGUGCUAGUCCACGUCAAUGUGAUCUCAUGAUUGUUGCUGGUACACUUACUAAUAAAAUGGCACCAGGUAAUAAGAAUAUUCUUAUAUCAUAUUGUAUUUCUUUUUUUGGUUGUUUUUUU